ACGCAGAGGGGCCGGCAGGGGGCGUGUGCGCGGGAGGUGUCAUGGCGGAGCCGCGGCCGCUCACGCUCUCGGCUCCCUUCGUUCCAGGUGCGGGCCACGAAGCAGCCGCGCUGGUGCCGGCGGGAGCGCAGGCCCCGGAGCUGUCUCGGGAGGAGAAGCUGCAGCUGCGUAAGGAGAAGAAACAGCAGAAAAAAAAGAAGAGAAGCGAGAAGGAAGCAGAGCCUCCUGAGCUAGGCACACCCUCUGAACCAGGGCAGCCCCAGGUAGCUGCUCACCCCACGUCCCCCCCAGCCUUGGCCGAUGGCCCCGGUGGCACCGAGAAGCCCACAGGGGGCAAGAGCAAAGCUGAGCUGCGAGCAGAGCGCCGGGCCAGGCAGGAGGCUGAGCGGGCCCAGAAGCAGGCCAAGAAAGCAGAGCAGAGCCAGACAGCCACGCCAGCCAAGCCCAGGCUGGCCCCCACUGAGCCUCAAUCUGUGGUAAAACGGCUGCCGGAGCACGUGCAGGUGGACGACCCUGCUGCCCAGAAGAAGCUGGCCAAAAAGCUGGAGCGUCAGCAGGUACCUCUGAGGCAGGACUAUGGCACCAAAGUCAACCUGUUCUCCCACUUGCACCAGUACAGCCGUAAGAAGCCACUGACACAGCAGAUGAGCAUCCCCUCCACAGUAAUCCAUCCAGCUGUGGUGCGUCUUGGCCUUCAGUACUCCCAGGGGAUCAUCAAUGGUUCCAAUGCCCGUUGCAUUGCCCUGUUGGAAGUCUUCAAACAGCUGAUCCGGGAUUAUUCAACUCCCCCCAAUGAGGAGCUCUCACGGGACCUGGUAGCCAAGCUGAAGCCGCACAUCAGCUUCCUGAACCAGUGCCGACCCCUCUCUGCCAGCAUGGGCAAUGCCAUUAAGUUUCUCAAGAAGGAGAUUUCCUGCCUCCCUGACUCCCUGCGAGAGGAGGAGGCCAAGGAGAAGCUGCAGGACAUGAUUGACAAAUAUUUACGGGAGAAAAUCCUUCUGGCAGCUGAAGCCAUUUCUAGAUCUGCCUUUGAGAAGAUAAACGACAAUGAUGUGAUCCUGGUGUACGGCUGCUCCUCCCUGGUGAAUCGCACACUGUGUGACGCCCAUGUGGAGAAAGGCCGUGCCUUCCGUGUGAUCGUGGUGGACAGCCGGCCGCGGCUGGAAGGCAGGGACACUCUGCGUCGGCUGGUGCGUAAGGGCAUUCACUGCACCUACGUGAUGAUCAACGCCAUCUCUUAUGUGCUGCCCGAGGUGACCAAAGUGCUACUGGGUGCCCACGCGCUCCUGGCCAAUGGCUCUGUUAUGUCCCGGGUGGGGACAUCCCAGAUAGCGCUGGUCUCCAAGGCUUACAACGUGCCCGUCCUGGUGUGCUGCGAGACCUACAAGUUCUGCGAGCGGGUGCAAACAGACUCUUUUGUCUCGAACGAGUUGGAUGACCCCGAUGAUCUGAUUGUGCUCCGGAAGGGGCAGGCCCAGCUCAGUGGCUGGGCAGAGAACAAGUCCCUGCGCCUCCUCAACUUGGUCUACGAUGUGACACCACCCGAUCUGGUGGAUAUGGUCAUCACAGACUUGGGCAUGAUCCCCUGCACUUCAGUGCCUGUCGUCCUGCGUGUCAAGAACGUGGAUCAGUAGUAGGGGCUGCUGCAUGGACCCUAAAUAAACCUAGUCCGUGUGAUA